GCAGGUGUCGUAAUAUUUUUCGAGAGACCGCCCCCUUUCAGCGGUCGCGUUCUCUGACUCUUUUUAUUUGUGAGCGGCUCCAUUGAUCUGAACAAUGGGUCGAGUAAUUCGCGCUCAACGUAAAGGAGCGGGAUCUGUAUUCAAAUCCCACACCAAGAGGAGGAAGGGUGCACCUAAACUCCGUUCCCUUGAUUACUCAGAGAAACAUGGAUACAUCAAGGGUGUCGUAAAGGAAAUUCUUCAUGAUCCUGGUAGAGGCGCACCACUGGCUUGGGUCCACUUCAGAGACCCGUACAAAUUCAAGACCAGAAAAGAAUUGUUCAUUGCACCAGAAGGAAUGUACACUGGUCAAUUCUUAUACUGUGGAAAGAAAGCAACCCUCCAGAUUGGCAACGUAAUGCCCGUUGGCACCAUGCCUGAGGGUACCAUCGUCUGUAACCUCGAAGAAAAGACCGGAGAUCGUGGCCGACUUGCCCGUGCAUCCGGUAACUACGCGACAGUAAUUGCCCACAACCCUGACAGCAAGAAGACCCGUGUGAAAUUGCCAUCUGGGGCAAAGAAAGUCAUUCCCUCCAACAACAGAGCCAUGGUUGGUAUCGUUGCUGGUGGUGGACGUAUUGACAAACCGAUAUUGAAGGCUGGACGUGCUUACCACAAGUACAAGGCCAAGAGGAACUGCUGGCCUAAGGUUCGUGGUGUUGCUAUGAACCCAGUUGAGCAUCCUCACGGAGGAGGUAAUCACCAGCACAUUGGUAAAGCAUCUACAGUCAAACGUGGAACAAGUGCCGGUCGUAAAGUUGGUCUUAUUGCUGCUCGUCGUACAGGAAGAAUACGCGGAGGAAAAACAGAUACCAAGAAAGACGAUUAGGCUGUUAAUCAUCUUGUCAAUUGUCUUUAUCAUUAUAAAUAAAAAUAAAAAAGAUCACAAAUUA